AAUUUUUUAUUGACAUCAAAGAAAUUAUUUAGAGUUUAAUAUCCACAAAUACUCAGUUAAAGGAGGAAAAUGAUUAAGUAUGUAAAAAAAUUUAAGCAUACAAAAAGUAGGUGAGUAACUUAGAUAUAAAAUUGAAUAAUUAAAUUCUGAACACACCAAGGCAAAAGACUUAUUACAAUUAGAACAUAAAUUAUAAUCGAGUAACAGGAAGAAAAAAUUAAUUAAUUUUAGGAUGCUCUAGAACAAGAAAAACUAAAAGCAUAAAAAGACAAUCAAUAUAGAUCAAUUAAUUGAAUCAUGUAAUCAGUAUGAUACAUAACAUAUAGAGAAAGAGAAGUUAGGUUAAUGGUUUCUUUAAUAGAAUAGGAUUUGGCAUAGGAAUUUGAAGAUCUAAACAAUUAAUAUAUAUAACUUCAAGUUGAAUUCGAAGAGUUACUUGUAAGAAAAGCUAUUUCCUAAAAUAAAGUAGCUUUAAGUUAUAGUUUAUAAUCAUAUUUACUUUAAAAUAAGAGAACUCAAAUUUUUUUUUCCACAAUUAAUUUAAUAUUUAAAUUAUAUUCAUUAUUUUGUCCUCCUAAGAAAAGAAUUCUAGAUUAGAAAGCAUAAUAUUUACUUAAGAUUCAGAAAAGUAGUCUAUUCCAUAAUUUUUGUUAAAAAGUUGAAAAAAGCCUUGUAUAUGAAAGAUGAAGUAAUACUUGAAUUUGACAAUAAUGAGUUCAUUGAUUAGAAAAUUGAAAAGUUCAUACCAAUAUUUCAUAAGAUCACAAAAUCUACAUUUAGUUAUUUAAUUUGUUAUUUAAAAUUGACAGAUGAUUAAUGAUAAGAAAAAUCGUGUAAUAUAUUGUUUAUUCUUCAUAAAAGAGUUGAAUUUCUAAAUUAAUACAUAUGAUUUGAGAUAUUAAGGAAGAUCAAUCAAUUCAUAAAAUUAUUAUUAGAUUUUGAAUUUUGCUAAGGAAGAUAUUCAAAAAAUACAAUCGGUUGGAAGUCAAAUUGAUUAUUAUUAAUAAUAAUUAAGUUCUUAAUAAACCAAGUUUAUUAAUUAGAUGAAUAUGUAUACCAAUUAGAAUAAGAACGAUCAGAAACAGUAAGUUUUUCAACAACUUAAUAACAACAAGUCUUUAUGUAGUAAUCUGAAGAAUAACCAAUCAACAAAUUUAGAACAGAUUCAUCUCCUCCAUAAAAAAGCAAUCUAUCAGUAUCACUCCAAAAUGAACUUAUGUCAAUUUUGA